CUCCCACGAGACUCAUAUUAGCACAGAUACAACAUUACCAAAGCAUAUAUUCAAACUAUGUUAUUCAAUUCCUUGUUAUUGAACUUAAAACUUUUUGAGAAGUACAAAAACAAAAAAGGAUGACACACUGACUCUCUCCCUUACCACAUGCUUGUCCUCCGCCUGUCCUGUCCGGUCCUGUCAUCCCCUCUCCUCCUCCUCCUCUUCAUCCUCAUCUUCCUCUCUGCAUGUAGGGAAAAAGGGAGAACUUGUGAGUCCGGACAUCGCUGCUGUGUGCACAGUCGGGAUACUGGAUGCGAUUCUCUGUCCUGUCAGGAGUACAAUAUGACGGGAAACCACCGAGCUGUUCCGAUGUUCCCAACAGGAGCCACCCAAUGGCUCAAUGCCACAGAAAACCGAACGCAUGCUGACAGCCAAAGUCCUGACAAGUUUAUGAGUGAGCCUCACCGAAUUCACACAUCAUCAUGGGUCAUGGCAGCCUUCUGUAUUGUGAGUUUGUGCGUGCUCUUCUCGUUCAGCAUGUGUGCGUGGAAGAAAUGUCUGAAAAAGGACAAGGACAAGAAAAAGGGAAAAGAGAAGAGCAAGGGAGGAGAUUUUGACACUGAAAUUGAUGGCCCUUCCAAAGAGCCACUCAAAGUCGAGAGCAAGAAGGAAACAGAGUUGUUAGUCAUCCAGGCGAAGGAGGAUGAGAAGUUGGGCAGACUGCAUUUCACACUAGACUACAACUUCACUGAUAAUAUGCUCGUAGUGGGAAUCUUGCAGGCCGCUGGGCUUCCUGCCAUGGAUGUGGGUGGGAGCUCGGAUCCUUACGUUAAAGUCUAUCUACUCCCAGACAAAAAGAAAAAGUUUGAAACAAAAAUUCACAGGAAGACUCUGGAACCCAACUUCAACGAGACGUUCACAUUUAAGGUACCAUACACCGAGCUGGGCGGCAAGACGCUGGUAAUGACCGUGUAUGACUUUGACCGCUUCUCCAAGCACGAUGCCAUCGGGGUGGUGAAAAUACCGAUGAGCAGUGUGGACUUCAGCCAGUCGCUGCAGGAGUGGCGGGAUCUGCAGAAGGCAGAAAAAGAGGAGAGCGAGCGGCUCGGAGACAUUUGUUUGUCCUUGAGGUAUGUUCCAACAGCAGGGAAGCUGACUGUGGUGAUUCUGGAGGCCAAAAACCUGAAGAAAAUGGAUGUGGGUGGAUUAUCAGACCCUUAUGUGAAGAUCCACUUAAUGCUGAAUGGGAAAAGGCUCAAGAAAAAGAAAACAACUAUCAAGAAGAACACUUUGAACCCCUAUUACAACGAGUCAUUCAGCUUUGAAGUGUCGUGUGAACAGAUAGAGAAAGUGCAGCUUGCAGUGACCGUGUUGGACUAUGACAAGAUUGGAAAAAACGACGCCAUUGGGAAAGUAUUGCUGGGCGGGAGCGGUGCGGGAACCGAGCAUCACCAUUGGUCAGACAUGCUCACCAACCCGAGGCGACCAAUCGCGCAAUGGCACAGCCUUCGACCGGAGGACGACAUCAAUGCACUAAUUUCCAAGAAAUGAAUAUCUGAGGGGCGACAAUGGAUGAAUAGACUCUCCUGACGUGAUCUCCUUCCAUUAGCUUUCUCCACUCUAUUUAUCAAACAUGGCCUUUAAUAGCAUAAAUGUGAUCAAGAUUGAAAAUCAGUAGGUGGCAUAGCUACAGGUAAUGUAGAACUACAGUGGGACCUAAAAUAUUGAAAAGAAUCCUUUCAAGGUUGCUGGUCAAACUUCGAUUUAUUCAAAUUUUGAACUAGAAAUAGAAAUAAUUAGCUCUGUAGUAAAACUGUCACCAUCUUAAAACGUAUUAAAUGUACAGGAAACAUUUUAAAUAAAAAUUUAGCAUUCUUAUAUGACAUCCGAGUUUGAAAAGAAAUUGAUCACUGUGUAACAAAACUGUAUAAAACUAAAACUACUCACCCUUUUACUGUAAUUAGGCGUAAAGGGUGGAUUACUGUGUGUUCCUGGGAGGUGAGUCCCCUCACAUUAACAAGCUAACUUUGCGGCGUACCUUCCAUUCUUGUAAUAUAUCAAUUACAGUUUCUCUCAGUUGCUUUGGUACAUUUCUCGAUUCAUCCUCAAUGUUUGCAAAACAGUAAGUGCAUUUCUCAAAAAAAAUUGUACAAAUGACAAUACACCAUGGAUUACCUGCAAAGGCCAUUCUUUUGAUCAAAACCUUAAAUUAAUCUCUGAAAAGUAAAUAUCUGUGUCACUGGCCAUGUCAGUACCAUCAGAAUGACAAGUCUUUGUGUCAUUGUGUCCGGAUAACAUACGCAAAUUACUUAUUCAUGUUGUCAGUAUAACAGUGUACUCUGGAGGGAUGUUCUGAAGUAAACUGCGGUUAAAGUUUUGAUGACAAUUAUUCCUAUUUGGAAAUUACACCUUAGUAUAGGUAGAAAAUUUAUUGCAAGAGACUGGACAAGAGUCACUUAUGCUUUACUGUUUGUACUGUAAUUUUUUGACAAACCACGUCAUUGCAAUGUAGAAAGGAAAAGACCACUGCAUAGCUCAAAGAAGAAAAAAAACCAAGUAGAAAUGUGAACAUAGUACAAUCUCAUUAGGGAAAACUGUAAAUGCAGUCCUGUAGGAAUUACAGUGCAGUCAAAUUCUCAUCCACAUCACAAGAAAAAUCUUCUCUUGGGAUGAGCUAUUUCAGAAAAUCAUUGGUUAAUGUAAUUCUUCACACAUUUCCCUUCACUUGAGAACGUCAACAUUCACUUGGGAAAAAAGUCAGACGGAAGGUCUAAUGGAAAUGUAUAGGAAUAUACUUGACAUAUGAUGACAACCUUUUUUAAAACCAUUUUGCAUGUAAAGACUUACGCGAUGAACAAAUGUCAAAAUGUUGUGGGGAGUGAAACUAUUCAACGGAGUCAUUAUAAUAUAUUUGGCUCAACAUAACAUAAGCAAUUGAUCAUGUCAGAAACAGUAGAGAAUUGUACAUAUUCAUUUACGUGGAUGUGCCAAAGCAUUUGCAACUGGUUCAAAGAAAUGAGAAAAUGCUUUAUUGAUGUGCACAAUGAUGUGAAAAUUGCAGCAGUUUUGAGAUUUUCAAUUCUGAUCUGAGAUACUGUAUGUACCAAAGAGCCUGAGAAAAAGUAUAAUUGAUGCCUCAUUCUACUGAACAGCCAAGACAGAGACUUUCAUCACACAUUUCCAUUUUGUAUCGGCAGUAUCCUUCUGUAUGAGAAUCCAAGGAUAAAGAACAAGUAAAACAAUGGGGGAUUUCAUUCUUUAGAUACUCACUGAGGGUUAGGAAAAUCUCAACUACUGAGAUUUUAUGCAACUUUAGAGGUAAAAAAACAUUCUGAAAAUUUGUGGCAUUUGAAAUUUGAGGUUGCACUUUAUAAGAACAUUAAAGCAAUGAAAGUGUGAAGUCAAUAUUUUCAAAAUACACUUUCCAUUUUAUUGUUAUCCAAUUAUGAUGCACUCACUGUUGUUUUUUUGCAUUAGUUGCCUUUAGAAAAACUAUGCAAACAAUCUACAAACCUAAACAAGAUACACUUUCUGUAA